AGUGGAUACCAUUGGUUUCCUUCGUUGUUUCUAAAGCAGAAAGCCAGACUUGGAUAUAAGAAAAAGAGAUGGAAAAUUCAAAAAUAUUAUUGUUUCUGGCUUUCUGCUUCUUCCUCAUUGCACAACAAAUUCUCUCGGUGAAAUCUGAAAAGCAUCCUCAUCGCUUGGUACCAGCCUUAUAUAUUUUUGGUAGUUCUUCAGUUGAUGCUGGAAACAACAAUCAUCUAAAUACAGUAGCGAAUGCAAAUAUGUGGCCUUAUGCCAUUGAUUUCAACAAUGUACGAGGUCGAUAUUCUAAUGGCAAAAAUUUGGCAGAUUUUGCAGCUAUUAAUUUGGGACUACCAUCGGCUCCUCCGUACUUGAAUUUGUCGGAUUCUCAAAGAAGUCAAAUAGCGACUGGAAUAAACUAUGGAUCAGGAGCGUGUGGAAUCUUAAACACAUCUAGAGUGGGAGAUUGUUUAUGGCUUGGGCAACAAAUCAAAUACUUUACCUCUACAGUGAAAAACGAUCUCCCAAAACAAAUGGAUGAAACCAAAUUGAGAAACCACUUGGCCAAAUCAAUGUACCUUCUGUUUAUUGGCCUCAAUGAUUAUAACCCUCUGGCUAAUGGCAACAUCACCGACCGAUACAGUGGACCAGACUAUGCAGAUUACCUCCUUGAUGAAAUUUCCAAGCAUAUCCAGACACUGUAUGAUCUUGGAGCCAGAAAGUUCGUGGUGCAGGGCGUUUCACUUUGUAAGCCAAAGCAAUAUGACCAAGAAAAAACUGUUAAAGGGAAGGUUUUAAACUGUACCUCAAGAUACUAUAGAGACAAACUUCCUGCAAAGCUAUCAUCUUUAGAAGCCAAGCUCAAGGGUUCCAUUUUCACAAUUUAUGAUAAUUAUAUGUUGCGCUACAACAUGCAGCAAAACCACCAAAAAUAUGGAAUCACAGAGAUAGAGGACCCUUGCUAUGUGAGUAGCACUAAUGAGCUGUGUUCUGAUAGAACAAAAUAUCACUUUUUUGAUAAAUGGGGUCAUCAAACUGAAGUCUCAUGUAAAGUUGCUAUGAAUGGCUGCUUCAAUGGAACUAUUUGCACUCCUUACACUCUUUUUCAGCUGGCCAAUAUGCAUAUAAACCACAAGCAAUGAUGGAAAUUUAUAGAUAAAUAUAUAUAUUCUGAUGUCAAGUUGUUAUGAAUUUUUUAUAUAAAAGAUGAUUUACAUUCUUCUUUUAA